UGAAAGAGACAUAUUAUACACAUCAGAAAUAAGGCAACUAGUAACCACCUAUAUCGAUUACCUAGUCACAAACAGAAAAAGGAAUUUGAGUACGUGUUAAUGAUUUACUUUCAAUCAGGCAGUGAGUACCCAAUCAAUUACCAUUCCAUCGUUUCUUCCAAUAAGACAGACACAAAGCAAAUCCAGCACAUCUGUUUUUUUUACUAUUUUUGUUUGUUUGUUUUGUUAUUCAUUUUCUUGCGUAAAGUUAUGCCCCAAGAAUCUUUCCACAAAUCUCACAGAUUACACACAACCAACACCACGGGUCCCCCCUACAAAUAAAUACCACACCCCCCACAUGCAUUCUCCUAAUCUUUUUCUUCACCUUAAAACCAAAAACCCCAAACUUCUUAAAAACUAACUUUCUUUCUUUCUUACAAAUUCACAUGGCAAGUUCAGUGCGAGUUAAAGAAGUUGUGGUAGUGACACCUUCAGAGCCCACACCAAGUGGUAUCCUAUUACUUUCACCACUCGACUCUCAACUUUUUCUUCGUUUCACUAUCGAAUAUCUUCUAAUUUACAGGCCCGGCCCGGGCCUUGACAAGGUAACAACAACUUCUCGGUUAAAAUCUGCAUUAGCAAAAGCUCUUGUUCCUUAUUACCCAUUAGCUGGAAGAGUAAGGCCCAGAUCAGAUAAUAAUCUGGGCCUCGAGGUAUUAUGUAAAGCCCAAGGCGCCGUUUUCAUCGAAGCCGUUAGUGACCGUUACACCGUCAAUGAUUUCGAGAAAGUUCCAAAAACGGUUACUCAAUGGAGAAAACUCUUGUCGUUUAGUGUUUCCGACGUUCUCAACGGAUCUCCGCCGUUAAUUGUUCAACUGACAUGGUUAACUGACGGCGGAGCUGCGUUGGGAGUUGGGUUUAACCACUGUAUCUGCGACGGUAUUGGCAGUGGCCAAUUUCUCAACUAUGUUUCAGAAUUGGCUUCUGGAAAACGCGGUGGUGCUAAACCGGAACCUGUUUGGGAUCGUCAUUUGUUCAAUGUUUCUCCGAGGACUCGUGUUGACUCGGUGAGUCACAUUCAUCCCGAGUUCAACCGUGUACCAGAUCUUUGCGGGUUUAUGAACCGGGUCAUAAAUUGUCUCAGACCAACUUGCAUUGUGUUCAAUAAGCAACGGUUAAAUGAUCUCAAAUUCGUGGCACGUCGCACGUGUCAAAUCUCCGAGCCAUCGUUUACGUCGUUUGAAGUUCUCGCGGCACACGUGUGGAGGAGCUGGGCGAGAGCAAUGGCGUUUCCACCGAACCAGACUUUGAAGCUUUUAUUCAGCGUAAACGUGAGGAACCGGGUCAAACCGGGUUUACCCGAUGGAUACUACGGAAACGCAUUUGUUCUAGCGUGUGCGCAAACAAGUGCGAAGGAGUUAGUGGAAAGAGGAGUCGGGUACGGGUCGGAUUUAGUGAAGAGAGCGAAGGAGAGAGUGGAUAAUGAGCAUGUGAGAAGAGUGGCUGAGUUUGUGUCCGAGUCAAGAGCGAGUCCUGAGUUGGUGGGUGUGUUGAUAUUGUCACAGUGGUCGAGGUUGGGUUUGGAUCGGGUUGAGAUUGGAAUGGAGAAACCAGUUGUGUUACCCAUUUGUAGCGAUAGAUACUGUUUGUUUUUGCCGGUGAAAGGUGAAAGAGAAAGCGUCAAGGUCAUGGUGGCUGUUCCCGCCGCCGCCUUUGAUAACUACCACCGUUUUCUACGGGAGUAGAAUAUGGAGUAGAAUAACAACCUCUGUUUUUGUUUUUUUCGUUCAUAGUUAUGUUUGACUUGUGUAAUUAUUAGGAGUAUUUGUUUAUUUAAGAAAUAAAAAAGUUGAAAUUCGUAA